AUGCCUCCCGUCCGAAACCGGGAUCGUCUUUUCCCCUCUAUGCACACGGUUCUUCGUCAAGCAGAUUCUCUUACUACGAAGGCGACGAUAUACUACCAAUACAUUCCCCUACCUUCGUUUGUCUUUCGAUACGAGCCCUAUGGCCAUGACUACUUCAACAGGAAUCAUCCUCUGAUGGUGUGCACACUUCUUGCAAUUCCGACGAUUUUUUCUUUUCAGCUGGAAACUGCACAGACUGCAACUCAUGACGGAUAUAUUGAUUGGGACGACCGUGUUUAUUUCACCGUGGCUCUCCCUCAGCCCACGAAGGAAGAGGUUGCCCUCGAAGAAGCUCUCCUGGAGCCCGAACCUCCUCGGGCCCACGUUAGACGCUUAUCUGUUCUUGUCAUAGAUUUAGCUCUUGCUGUCACUCGGCGUCUGCACCUCAGUCGUUUGGGCUAA